UUCACGCACUCGACUUCUCUCUACGUAGAGGAUCAGCUUCUAGACUCAGAUUUACGGUUGUCUCGAUCCUUCUAUCCAUCUGAGGCUGUUUUGACAGAAAAUAUGGCGAAAGCUGAGAGCACUGACGAUCGUGAACUUAUACAGAAGGCUGACGAGUUGUACGAAGCUGGAGAAUGGCGUCAGAUCUACGAGCUUCUCGGUGCCCAUCGUGACAGUUCAAAUCCUGAUGUUCUGUGGAGACUAGCACGAUCAGUAAGGGACGCUUCGCAGCUUGCAGACACAAGCAAAGAGGAAAAGAAGAGACUGACUUAUGAGCAAGUAGAUAUUUCUAGAAAAGCCGUCGAGCUUGGACCGAAUAACUAUGCGUGUCAUCAGUGGUGUGGAAUUUCAUUGUCCGAUGUUGGUGACUAUGAAGGAAGCAAGGCCAAGAUCAACGAUGCAUACCGCAUCAGAGAACAUUUUGUGAAAGCAGUUGAGCUAAAACCUGAAGAUCCGUUGUCGCAUUAUCUUCUUGGAAAGUGGUGCUUUGAAGUGACAGACAUGCCGUGGUUAGUGCGCAAGAUCGCGAGUGUCUUGUUCGCCACGCCUCCGACAUCAACUUUUGAAGAGGCUCUCAACUGCUUUGAUCGGGCUGAAAAAAAUGCUCCUAAUUUCUAUUGCGACAAUCAGCUGAUGCUCGGAAAGACACAUCUAAAACUGGGACACAAAGAAGAAGCUAGAGAAUGGCUUACAAAGGCUCUGAAAUGCGAUUCGAAUCAGCCGGAAGACGUCAAGUCCAAAGAUGAAGCGAAAGAGCUUCUUCGAUUGUGACAAAUCUGUUUGCAUUUGUUUUAUUAUAUUUAUUUUAGUAGUUGCUCAUUUUAUUGCCUGGCAAGGGACAAUUAACUUGGUAAAAUCAAUGGCAAUUCUAUUGCAUGGGCAUUAAAUCUGCGAGACGCUACGAA